AACACUUGAAUAGUUCAUAUCCAUCCUUCACUACAGGAAACAUCAGAAUGAUACAGCAAACUCCAAAAGUCUUAGACACUAAUGACUAUUCACAAACAUUGGGGAUAUCACAGCAGAUAUUUAGAGAAGAUGGUGAAAUGGCAGGAACUGGGAAGCAAUCAUUGUGUACAGAGAGUAGUUUAGUCAUCAAACAAGAGGACAACAUUUAUGAGUUAUCUAGUGAAAUUAUUAUCCCAGAGGAUAAACCACACACAUUUACUGAGUUUUCAAAUCAUAUUAAAGAAGGGAGAAGUCUACAGUCUAGCCAAAUGAUUCAUACAAAGGAGAAAUCUUUGAAAUCUACAGAAUGUGAGAGAAGCUUUAGAUGGAAGUCUCCUCUACUAGAACACUACAAAAUUCACACAGGUGAGAAACCACACACAUGUCCUGAGUGCGGCAAAUGUUUUACACAAAUGAGUCAUCUGAAAAAUCAUGAAAGGAUUCACACAGGGGAAAAGCCUUUCACAUGUACAGAGUGUGGAAAAGGUUUUACACGAGUGGAUUGUCUGAAAACUCAUGAAAGGUUUCACACGGGAAAAGCCUUCACAUGUACAGAGUGUGGAAAAGGUUUUUCACGAGUGGAUUGUCUGAAAACUCAUGAAAGGAUUCACACAGGAGAAAAGCCUUUCACAUGUACAGAGUGUGGAAAAGGUUUUACACGACUGGAUUGUCUAAAAACUCAUGAAAGGAUUCACACAGGGGUAAAGCCUUUUACAUGUACAGAGUGUGAAAAAAGUUUUACACAAAUGAAUGAUCUGAAAAAGCAUGAAAGGUUUCACACAGGGGAAAAGCCUUUCACAUGUACUGAGUGUGGAAAAUGUUUUACACAAACGAGUAAUCUGAAAACUCAUGAAAGGAUUCACACAGGAGGAAAGCCUUUCACAUGUACAGAGUGUGGGAAAUGUUUCACAUCCAAGGGAAAUCUCAUAUAUCAUGAAAAGACCCACACAGGGGAGAAACCUUUCAUGAAAACUCAUGAAAUUAUUCACACAGGGGAAAAGCCUUUCAUGUGUACAGAGUGUGGGAAAUGUUUCGCAUCUAAAGGAAGCCUUAUGUAUCACAUAAAGAUCCACACAGGGGAGAAACCUUUCACAUGUAAUGAGUGUGGGAGAUGUUUCACAUCCAAGGGAAAUCUCAUAUCUCAUGAAAAGACCCACACAGGGGAGAAACCUUUCACCUGUACAGAGUGUGGAAAAAGUUUUACACAAAAGUGUGAUCUGAAAAAGCAUGAAAGGAUUCACACAGGAGAAAAGCCGUUCAUGUGUACAGAAUGUGGAAAAGGUUUUACACAAAUGAAUGAUCUGAAAAAGCAUGAAAGGUUUCACACAGGGGAAAAGCCUUUCACAUGUACUGAGUGUGGAAAAUGUUUUACACAUAAGAGUGAUCUGAAAAAUCAUCAAUGGAUUCACGCAGGAGAAAAGCCUUUCACGUGUACAGAGUGUGGAAAAAGUUUUACACAAAAGAGAAAUCUGAAAACUCAUGAAAGGAUUCACACAGGGGAAAAGCCUUUCACAUGUACUGAGUGUGGAAAAUGUUUUACAGAAAAGGGUAGUCUGAAAGCUCAUGAAAGGAUUCACACAGGGGAAAAGCCUUUCACAUGUACUGAGUGUGGAAAAUGUUUUACACAUAAGAGUGAUCUGAAAAAUCAUCAAAGGAUUCACACAGGAGAAAAGCCGUUCACAUGUACAGAGUGUGGAAAAAGUUUUACACGAAAGUGUGAUCUGAAAAAGCAUGAAAGGAUUCACACAGGAGAAAAGCCGUUCACAUGUACAGAGUGUGGAAAAAGUUUUACACAAAAGUGUGAUCUGAAAAAGCAUGAAAGGAUUCACAAAGGAGAAAAGUCUUUCAUGUGUACAGAAUGUGGAAAAGGUUUUACACAAAUGAAUGAUCUGAAAAAGCAUGAAAGGAUUCACACAGGGGAAAAGCCUUUCACAUGUACUGAGUGUGGAAAAAGUUUUACAAAAAUGUCUAAUCUGAAAACUCAUGAAAUGAUUCACACAGGGGAAAAGCCUUUCACAUGUACUGAGUGUGGAAAAAGUUUUACAAAAAUGUCUACUCUGAAAACUCAUAAAAUGAUUCACACAGGGGAAAAGCCUUUCACAUGUACUGAGUUGUGUGGAAAAAGUUUUACACGUAUGAAUAAUCUGAAAACUCAUGAAAGGAUUCAUACAGGAGAAAAGCCUUUCACAUGUACAGAAUGUGGAAAAAGUUUUACAUGUAUGAAUAAUCUGAAAACUCAUGAAAGGAUUCAUACAGGAGAAAAGCCUUUCACAUGUACAGAGUGUGGAAAAAGUUUUACACACAAGAGUGAUCUGAAAAAGCAUGAAAGGAUUCACACAGGAGAAAAGCCUUUCACAUGUACAGAGUGUGGAAAAAGUUUUACACACAAGAAUAAUCUGAAAAUUCAUGAAAAGAGUCACACAGGAGAAAAGCCUUUCACAUGUACAGAGUGUGGAAAAAGUUUUACACAUAUACAUUGUCUGAAAAUUCAUGAAAUGAUUCACACAGGAGAAAAGCCUUUCACAUGUACAGAGUGUGGAAAAAGUUUUACACGUAUGAACAAUCUGAAAACUCAUGAAAGGAGUCACACAGGAGAAAAGCCUUUCACAUGUACAGAGUGUGGAAAAAGUUUUACACAUAUGAACAAUCUGAAAACUCUUGAAAGGAGUCACACAGGAGAAAAGCCUUUCACAUGUACAGAGUGUGGAAAAAGUUUUACACACGAGUGAUCUGAAAACUCAUGAAAGGAGUCACACAGGAGAAAAGCCUUUCACAUGUACAGAGUGUGGAAAAAGUUUUACACAUGAAUCAUCUGAAAACUCAUGAAAGGAUUCACACAGGAGAAAAGCCUUUCACAUGUACAGAGUGUGGAAAAAGUUUUACACAAAAUUGUAGUCUGAAAAAGCAUGAAAGGAGUCACACAGGAGAAAAGUCUUUCACUUGUACACAGUGUGGAAAAAGUUUUACACAUAUAUAUUGUCUGAAAAUUCAUGAAAGGAUUCACACAGGAGAAAAGCCUUUCACAUGUACAGAGUGUGGAAAAAGUUUUACACAAGAGUCAUCUGAAAAAGCAUGAAAGGAGUCACACAGGAGAAAGUGUUUCACAUGUACAGAGUGUGGAAAAAGUUUUACACGUAUAAAUUGUCUGAAAACUCAUGAAAUAAUUCACAAGGGAAGAAACCUUUCACAUGUGUUAAAGUAGAAAAAAGGUUUUCCAUUUAAAGGGGAGGAGAGUCCUCGGCUUCAUUCAUUACUAGUGGGAAUUAAGAACCUGGCCACUGGGAGGCAGCAAAGACACCACAGCCAAAGGCUUAAAUACCUCCCCCACUCCCCUCAUCCCCCAGUCAUUCUUUGUCUUUCAUUACAGGGGGUGGCAGAGAGGUGCUGGAAAAUUGGAGGUCUCCCCUUCGCUAUGGGACAGGAGUACAAGUAACCCUUCAAGCUUCUCAGUUGAGGGCCUGGGUGAACGUUAGAAUCCAGAGAUGCAGAGGGAGCUUCCCUUUGUGACACCAUCCUGACUCAUAUUAACAGCUCCUACAGCAAUCAGCGUUGACGAGUUUCGCAGAUUGCUUUCUUCUCUCAAGUCCAUGUCAGGAGCACUGCUACCACCUGUCACACUUGAAGGGCUGUGUUCCUGUUCCACUGUGUAGAUUCUGGUAAGAUCGUUUCAUUUUUCAUAUAUAUAAUGAUAACACAGAAGACGGGGCCACAGUGUGGCACCUUUUAUCUUUAUAGAAUCAAGGUUUAAUAUUCCUAUAAGAGGAUUAUUGAACAGGGGGGUAUGUACAUGAUAAGUUUAUUAUGUGAUUGCUGCGUUUAUGUGCUUGGAUGUGGCUCUGGCAUUUAGUGGAACUGACAGGUUCUCUUCCGGGAGUUUUUGCACUGUAUUUUUUGGCGCACUUUCUCAUCGGCAGGGGCGGUCCUGCGUAGACAGCCUUGUGACCGGAUGGGGAUUUUUUACUUCCGGUCUGAUCUGUGAUGGAGACGAAGCAGUUUCUGCAGCCCGGGUCAUAGGAGGUGGUGAGUGCCCCGGCCAUUGGUGGUUAUAUAUGUGUCUGUCUUAUCUUUUCAUAACAAAAGCUAUGGAGGAUUCUGAUGCAUUGGAGGGCACUCCCUCUAUAACUAAGUCUUAUACUUGUUUUAAUUGUGAGGUUUUGGUAGACCAGCCUGUGCAACUGUGUUCCACAUGCCUUGAGAAGGCUACGACUUCCAAACAUAAGAGAAUGUCUAGCACUACUGAGUCGUCCACCUCUGAGAGGUCACCGCCCCGUGAGGUGCGUUCCCUAAUGGCGUCCCGUAUCCCACAUGCAGCGCCCCAGGGUCUGACUGUUACCCCUUCGGGGGAGAUUGUUUGUUUGUUUGGCUGCCUGAUUUUGCGGACCAGUUUGAAACGGCAGUCGCUAAGGUGAUCCAUGCUUUGCUGCGUUCUGCUAAGCGCAA